UCUUAAUUUCACUUUAGAACGUUUAGGUUUAAUUUUUAGCGUUUAUUUCAUGACUAAGGCUUAUCAUUGAUUAUUUUGACUAGAGCAUCGUAAAUCAUGGUAGUCCGAAAAUACUUGUACAUUAACUUCUUGAUAUUUAUGGAAUUAUCAUACUUCUAUGCAAAUGAGUGAGUGAAAUCGGAUAUUAUAAUAUAAACAUUUUUUUAUUAAUUUGAACUUUGAAGUGUGAAUAAACUUUGAUAAGAGGUCUAGUCAACGGUUUUUGGAAAUUAUUGUAUAAUUUAGUUAGUUAGUUAUACGUGACCAUGGUCAACUUUACGAGGAGACAAUGGCUAACCUUAAUCGCUAUCGGGAUUGCGGAUUUUUGCAACGCUAUAUGUGUUUCGUUACAGGCGCCUUUUUAUCCAGCUGAGGCUGAAAGAAAAGGAUGUACAGCAACAGAAUACGGCUUAGUAUUUGGCAUUUUCGAGUUUGUUGUAUUUGUUGUCAGUCCACUAUAUGGCCAACAUUUAAAUAAACUUGGUCCAAAGUAUACCUUCAAUGGAGGUAUAUACACCACCGGAAUAUGUGCCAUAUUAUUCGGCCUACUUGAUAAAAUAGAAGGACGAUACCCAUUUAUAAUUUUAAGUUUUAUAAUAAGAAUUAUAGAGGCCAUGGGAAAUGCAGCGUUUUUAACCGCCAGCUUCGCCAUAAUUGCGAAAGAGUUUCCUGAUAAAGUGGCGACAACGUUUGCCUCCUUAGAAACGUUCUUUGGUCUCGGAUUAAUAGUAGGCCCGACUGUUGGUGGCGCCUUAUUUCAAGCAGGAGGUUAUACUUUGCCAUUCGCUGUUAUGGGUUCGGCACUAUUUGCUUCGGCUAUCCUCACCGCCUUAGUUUUACCAAAGCAUGAAUAUGGCACAGACAAAGAAAAAGGACCGUCAGUAUUAAAAGUCUUAAAGAUCCCAGGAGUACUGUUAGCAACUGCUAGCAUAAUAGUAACAAGUACCUCAAUAAGUUUCCUCCAAGCCACUUUGGAGCCACAUCUUCGCGGAUUUAAUCUGCAACCAAUCAUUUUGGGACUAAUGUUUGUGAUCAAUGGAGGAGUUUACGCAAUAACUACUCCAGCGUGGGGUUGGAUAUGCGAUCGUUUUGGUUCUUCGAAGAUUGUUAUUAUUACAGGUACCUUUUUCGUGGCUGCCGGAUUUUCUCUAAUUGGACCAGCUCCGUUCGUACCUUUGCCAACGAUAUUCUGGCUAACUAUUGUUGGAUUAGUUCUUCAUGGUCUGGGAAUGGGCGCUCAGCUAGUUGCUUCAUUUGGAGACGCCCUUAAAACUUCAAUAGCAUAUGGAUUCCCGAACAACCUAGAAACAUAUGCCCUAGUAUCAGGACUCUGGACUAGUUCAUUUGCUCUUGGUGCAUUUAUCGGCCCAUCCAUAGCUGGUAUUCUUUAUGAUACUGUGGGAUUUAGAUACGCUUCUUUAUUUAUCGUGGUAAUUCAUUUGAUUGUUGGUAUAGCGACAGUCAUAUUCCUGGGGGUUGCUAAGCCACCACCGAGUUACGUGGAAAUUAAAGACGAGAAGAUUUCUGAUGAAGACUACGGGGGUUCUGAAUCUCAGGCCAUAGAAAACCCUGGAAAAAGCCUUCGAACUGUGGCCAACGGCAUUUCAAUCGAACAAAGCAGGCCUCCAGCAAUGAAUAGUCUAAUAGCUUGUAACAGUUACAAAAGUCAAGUUUGGCCAGAAAAGGAAUCAAUUAACUUGAGCCUGCUAGCUCACAGUCGUAGCUACGGAGCUGUAAAUAGUCAGAAUGGCCGGCCCUACCUUGAAGGAGUAGCUUAGAAAAUAUUUUUUAUAUAUGUAUAUCAGUUGCUUUAGUUUAAUAAUAUAUUUAUUAUUGUUAGAGUAUGGAUGUGAAUCAUUAUUUAAAAUGAUGGUAUCUUUUUUUGAUUAAUUUUAUAUUAUUAUUAAAUAUACUAAUGAUGCUGA